AUGGCUAUUUUGACGCCGCUAUUUUUCGUCUUUAGAAACUACAAGGAAAUCUCUGCCAAAGUAACAGCGGCUCUCUUCUGCAACAUCCUCCUCUCCGCACUCUUCAUUAUUGUCCGCAAAACUCCUGGAAUAUGCGAAUCUCUACCCAGCACGGAGAAUACUCCUUGUGACUUUGACUGGCGAGAAAUGGAAGCUUUCAUGUUCCUCUCCUGUAUCAUCGUUAUUAGAAAUCGCAGUGCCUUGAGUUGGUAUCAGACCUACUCGACUGCCCUUCAGUUUGCCAAACUCACAAGUGCUUAUCUCUUCUGGCGAAUGAACAUUUACUUCGGCCUCUUCUACAUUAUCCUUUGUAUUAUCCGACUUUACUUCCUCCCCGACGAUCGAAUCAAGCUUCCCGACUCUGUCGAAUACCUCAACGACCUCCAAGAAUGCUCCAAAGGUUACUGGCUGAUCUGCCUCUACUCCACCUGGUCUCCUCAGUGCCAGAAGGUCGCUCCUGUCUUCUCUGAGCUCAGCCGCAAAUACGCUUGCGAAGGCUUCAAAUUCGGCAAAAUUGAUAUUGGGCGACAUGAGGAUAUCGCCAAGAAAUUCAAAAUCAGAACUGAUUCCAUGUCUCAACAGCUUCCUACAGUUGUCUUGAUGCAAGACGGCGCUGGAUUGCAAAAACGACCUGUCGUCCAGAGCAGCGGAAAGUUGCAAAAGUUCCACUUCACCGAGGAGAAUAUGAUCCAAGCAUUCCAUCUCAAUCAAGUUUACAACGAAGUCUCGAAGGGCAAGAAGCCCGAACAGAAGAAAAAUGAUUAA